ACGCCCGUGUUUGGUUGGCUACCCCUUCGUGGACCCCUGAAUCUGGUAAUGGUUGUAUGUUUGCAAUAAAACAAUGUUUCGUCAGCUGACUACAUUGCCGAUGAGGACCUAAAACACAUAUUUCGAUGUAACGCCAUAGUGCAAACUUGUUAAUUCCGAGAUGAAUUUUGACGGAUCAAAAAGUUUUCUUGUCUCGGACCUGUUUGACAACUAUGCCGACCUCAUGGCCGAUCCGUCGUGUGUCUGCAGUGGAGGUUUUGCCACUGUGGAUAAAAUUGACACAGUUCCCAUCGUCCAAGCAACAGCCCCAGCGAUUGGAGGAUUAAGUCACGAGGACACUGCUAUAUUGGCGGGAAUUUUGACCGGUUUAGCAACCUUUUUGUUCCUGGCGCUGCCCAUUUUGUGUUGCUUGUGCCCACUUCCUUGUUGCCCAUGUUGCGGCGGAGGAGCAGCCGGCAGUAAGCACAAGAAGACUGCUGGAGCAAUAGGAGCGGCUAAGAUGCGAGAAAUGGAAACAGUUAGCCACAGAAGUACAGACGUGGACUCGGUACACAGUUUCCGGACGUUUAACAAGGAGUGGGACAAACUGGACAAGUACGACUAUGACAACCUGUACGAAGUGGAUAUGAAACUGCCGAGGGCCUGGGUGGAAUCAUUGCGAGGCGUUCCAAAUGACCAGAUAGACCGGAAGUUGCGUGAACUGGAAACCGACUGGGAGGGACAAGACGUCCGGAACUACGAACUUGAGGCUCUCCGCCAUGAAAACAUAAUGAACAUGGACGCCGGUUAUCAGUCGGGAUCGGGAUCCAUGGGCUACAGCAACGCUGCCUAUCGGGGAGACGGCUAUGCUGACGUCAUGGGGGCCAAUAUGGGGUCAAUGGGAACUAUGGGAACUAUGGGAUCGAUGGGUGGAGGAAUUGAGAUUGAGCGUACUCGUCAGAUUAAUAUCACUACUGCCGCAUCACAACUUCCGGAGCAGGAAUACAUUAUGGAAAGAGAGUUCCGACAGGAGUUAAACGGAUUGGACAACGACAACUUCGACAAGAUCUACACCACCUACCGGCGGCUGCUAAAUGACACAAAACAAACCUCCUUUUAAAAAGAGCGCACCUUCCACUGAUGAAACGAUUUUUUACAAAUUGUGCUUUAAUAUUUUAAGUGCUUUUCUACGCAAUGCAACCUGCAUUUAACGUACGUGUUCCACAUUGAGACAUUUUUUGUUGUAUAUUGUUUCUAUCUUGUUGUUCUUCCGUUAAACGUAAAAAUCCUCUCCCGGAGCUAAAAGAUAAAGAAUUAUAUUUUUGAAAAUGGCAGUUUUUGUUGAGAAUUUUUACUUGAAAAUAGAGUUUCAAAUAGUUACAACAUUACAUUAUAUCCAAUAACUUUUAAAAUAAUGAUAGAAAUAACAAUAUUCUGGGAUGAAUAUUUUCGAUUUACUUAAAAAAAGUAUUAUUGUCAACUUUUAUCAUAAAAUUUAGAUUACUCCGUCAAAGGUCUGCAAUUUAAUUUGAUCUUUAAAACAAAUUGCAAAAUUUUAUGUUCGAACAAACAAUAGGUGAACCUAUCAUGCUUCAUUUAUCUUGUACACAAAUAUAUUUUUUCAUACACAAAAUACUCUUUUUUAUUUAUUUUUAUCAAAAUAUUUAAUGUUGAUGGCCAAGAUAUAAAUUGAAAAUAGCUUUUUUAAUGCAGAAUUUUAUUUUAUCUGAAUGAUUUUUUUUUUCAAAUAAUGUGAUAAUUGUCUAACGAAAAGAGUUCAUAAUUUCAUUAUCAUUUGUAAUGAAAUAUCAUCUAAUAUAAUGCAAGUUGGUAUAUGUCUUUUUUUUAAAUUCCCGAAACUUUAACAUGAUUUUAAAAUGAGUUUUUAUUAGUACUACAAAAAUGUAUUUGAUUUUGUUAACACUUUCCUGUACAAUAAAAAUAC